AUGUCGGACUCAUCAUCUCUAGAUUUGGGUUUAGUCAUAUAUUCAGCAGUCAAACCAAUCUUCAAAAUAUAUUUCAUUAUAGCCAUUGGGUUUUAUCUAGCUAAACGAAAUAUUCUAUCAGUUUCAACAUGUCGGGACAUUUCGGACACUGUCGUCACGGCAAUUAUGCCAUGUUUGAUCUUCAAUAAUAUUGUCAGUAAUUUGAAAUCAUCUGAUAUCAAGAAUAUAGGGAUAAUUAUUUUCACUUCAGCAUUACUAUUCACAUUUGGAGGGUUGUUAGCAUAUGGAAUUCAUAUAAUUACUAAAUCACCCAAAAGAUGGUUAGGUGGGUUAAUAUCGGUAGGUAUUUUUCCUAACAUUAGUGAUUUACCUAUUGCCUAUUUGCAAACUUUUGCUAAAGGUGGAGUAAUCUUCACAACUGCACAGGGUGAAAAAGGAGUGGCUUAUGUUUGUAUAUUUUUGAUGGCUAUGGUAAUGUGCCAGUUUUCAUUUGGUUUAUUUAGGCUUAUUGAGUACGACUUCCGAGAUGAGUUGAAAGUUGACGAGGAACAUAAAGUAUGCAGUGAUUCAGAAAGCAGUACCAGAAACCAACCUGAACACGAAAAAGUCAACAAUUCUAGUCCUGUUGGUGUUGGGGCUGAUAAAUCUCGGACAACACAAAAUGGUUCAAAUUCUGAUUCUGAUUCCAUAAUUAGUCAGGCAGUUGCCUCAGAUCGAUUAGAUAUCGAAGAAGAAGAAGAAGAUCAACAUAACCAAUUCCUCAAGACAAGAGCAGAACAAGCCCAUAAGUCCAGGAGCGGACUGUCUUCUGUCCACAGUGAAGGGUCAGCUGUAAGACGCCGUACAUCAAAUGCAUCUGAACUAAGUGUUCCAUAUACCAUCACUCUGGUGCUUUCUAGGACAAGUGAUUUGCGAAGACAAAGAUCUCAGAAUGUCCAGGAUGUCAUUAACGAGUACUCUGAAUUUGAUGCAUUACGAAGCAACGAGGUACAAAGGACCAGAACUGCCACAUCAGAAAUUGCUAUUGAACCCUCAGUAAAGGCUGAAUCCAAAGUUAAAAAUUAUUUGAAGCAAUUGUACAAGAAUGUCACUACACCAUCGUCUCUUUCAUUAAUUAUAUCAAUAGCCAUUGCAAUGGCUCCACCACUCAAAGCAUUGUUUGUCAACUCAAAUUUCUAUAUGCCAAAUGCUCCUGAUGAACUCCCCCCCUUAUCAUUUAUUAUUGACUUUACCAGUUAUGUUGGUGCUGCAUCUGUUCCCUUAGGGUUGAUAUUAUUAGGUACAACAUUGGCCAGAUUGCAAGUGAAAAAAAUGCCUCCAGGCUUUUGGAAAACUGCAUUGCUAAUCACUAUUGCCAGAUUAAUUAUCAUCCCAAUAUUUGGUGUCGGCGUCACAACUGGGUUCUAUAAAGGUGGUUGGUAUGGUAGUGAUAUUUUGGUGAGAUUUGUUAGUGUUUUAGAAUUUGGAUUACCAAAUGCUACUUCUUUGGUAUAUUUUACUGCAUUCUACACAGACCCAUUAAGUGAGGAACAUUUACAAAUGGAUUGUUUGGCAAUUUGUUUGAUUUGUCAAUAUGCCAUCUUAUGGAUUACAUUACCCUUUUUAACAACUUUUACAUUGAAAGUGUCAAUGGGAUUGUAG